GUGUUCUGCUCGGGCGGCAGCGGCGGCGGCGGCGGGACGCGGAGGCUCCCCCGGGAAUCGGCCUCAGCAGUGAGGAGGCGGCGGCGGCUGUGAAGGCGCAAGCAGCAGCUGAGGCAGCGGCGGGCUCAGGUGCAGCCGCUGAGUGAAGACAAUAGUCCAGAGAGGGAGGUGGAAAGCUACAGGAAGCUAAAGCUGUGUGUAUUUGUGGAUCAGACAAGUGCAGCAAGUUAAUAACAUUGGCUUCUGAAGGGGAGAGUGAGGUGAUGGCUGCGUUUAAGUUGGAUUUCCUUCCAGAAAUGAUGGUGGAUCAUUGCUCUUUGAAUUCCAGUCCCGUCUCAAAGAAAAUGAACGGCACCCUGGACCACCCAGACCAACCGGAUCUUGAUGCUAUCAAGAUGUUUGUGGGCCAGGUUCCAAGGACCUGGUCAGAGAAGGACUUGAGGGAACUGUUUGAACAGUAUGGUGCUGUCUACGAAAUCAACGUCCUAAGGGAUAGGAGCCAAAACCCUCCUCAGAGCAAAGGGUGCUGUUUUGUUACAUUUUACACCCGAAAAGCUGCAUUAGAAGCUCAGAAUGCUCUUCACAACAUGAAGGUCCUCCCAGGGAUGCAUCAUCCUAUACAGAUGAAACCUGCCGACAGUGAGAAGAACAAUGCAGUGGAAGACAGGAAGCUGUUUAUUGGUAUGAUUUCCAAGAAGUGCACUGAAAAUGACAUCCGAGUCAUGUUCUCUUCAUUCGGACAGAUUGAAGAAUGCCGGAUAUUGAGGGGACCUGAUGGCCUGAGCCGAGGUUGUGCAUUUGUGACCUUCACAACAAGAGCCAUGGCACAGACAGCUAUCAAGGCAAUGCACCAAGCACAGACCAUGGAGGGCUGCUCUUCCCCCAUGGUGGUAAAAUUUGCUGAUACACAGAAGGACAAAGAGCAGAAGAGAAUGGCCCAGCAGCUCCAGCAGCAGAUGCAGCAAAUCAGCGCAGCAUCUGUGUGGGGAAACCUUGCUGGUCUAAACACUCUUGGACCCCAGUAUUUAGCACUUUAUUUGCAGCUCCUUCAGCAGACUGCCUCCUCUGGGAACCUCAACACCCUGAGCAGCCUCCACCCAAUGGGAGGGUUAAAUGCAAUGCAGUUACAGAAUUUGGCUGCACUAGCUGCUGCAGCUAGUGCAGCUCAGAACACACCCAGUGGUACCAAUGCUCUCACUACAUCCAGCAGUCCCCUCAGCGUACUCACCAGUUCAGCAGGGUCCUCACCCAGCUCCAGCAGCAGCAGCUCUGUCAAUCCCAUCGCCUCCCUUGGAGCCCUACAGACACUAGCUGGAGCUACAGCAGGCCUCAACGUCAGCUCUUUGGCAGGGAUGGCUGCUUUAAAUGGUGGGCUGGGCAGCAGUGGCCUUUCUAACGGCACCGGGAGCACCAUGGAGGCCCUCACGCAGGCCUACUCGGGGAUCCAGCAGUACGCUGCCGCGGCGCUCCCCACUCUGUACAACCAGAACUUGUUGACACAGCAGAGCAUUGGUGCUGCUGGAAGCCAGAAGGAGGGUCCAGAAGGAGCCAAUCUGUUCAUCUACCACCUGCCCCAGGAGUUUGGAGACCAGGACCUGCUGCAGAUGUUUAUGCCCUUUGGGAAUGUCGUGUCUGCCAAGGUUUUCAUAGACAAGCAGACGAACCUGAGCAAGUGUUUUGGUUUUGUAAGUUACGACAAUCCUGUUUCGGCUCAAGCUGCCAUCCAGUCCAUGAACGGCUUUCAGAUUGGCAUGAAGCGGCUUAAAGUGCAGCUCAAACGUUCGAAGAAUGACAGCAAGCCCUACUGAGCGUGCUCCCCUCUGAGACUGGAGUGAGAGGGUCUUCUGAUUCCUGCCGUUUGUUCAUCGUUGUGCCUAAAGCAUGUCGAUGUGGCGUCAAGUACAUCGUCCAAAUCCCUGUCUCUUCAGCUUCUCUGAUGCUUGAACUCUCACCUUUGACCUUGUGUUGACCUUUGAUGCUGAUGUGUAUUUUUAUUAUGUUUGUUUCUUUCUUUGUUUUUUCUUUUUUCUUUCCUUUUUUUUUUUUUCUUUUGUGCUGCCAAAUUGGUUUUGCUAGAACGACUGCUGAAGGGGAAAUAUUUAAACUUGCAUUUGAAUAUAAAAAAAAAUCUAUUUUUCUAGAACUUCAUAAGAUAACCACUUGAUUUUGUGAUUCCAAUUCUUUGUAAUUGUCUUCAGAGCAGCCCUACUAGCACAUACCGCGUGGUGUUUGUAUUUCUGUGAACACACAGCCAGUCUGUUUCUAGGCUUUGUUUCUCUGUGUGCUUAGUUUUAAAGACAACUUUGAAGUAAACAAUGAAAUAAAAGAUGUCACGAAAACCUCUGAGUUUCCUGAGCACAUUUUGCUGAUGCAGUCUGUGGGGCUCGAGGAGGCUGCCCGUGUUCCUAGUUCUGUUUUUCUGAGUUCUCAGCUGCAGAAAACACCCGAACCCUUUUUCCGUUUUGACCGCCCGCUGCAGUUUGGGCCCCAGCCAGCCCUUUUUCUUUUGUGCUUCUUUCCUGGAGCAGCCCUGCGGGAGUCUGCAGGCCCCCGGCCCCUUCCCCUCAGCCCUGCUGUGCCCACCUCCGUGCUUCUUCCUUCAGUCUCCACAGCAAAAUGUGAUGCUUUGAUUUUUUUUUUUUGUUUUUGUAUUGUUUUUGUGUUUUUGUUUUGAAUUUUUUCCUUUCCUACUAAGAUUAUGCCCAGAAAAAACAAGUUUUGCAUGUUUCCUGCUGUUUCUUCACACCUUCGUAUAUAUCACCUUCACCUCUCUGUUUUCUAUAGUUUGUGCAGAAACUGACCGAUUUAAAAGGGUUUCAAAGAAGCUGUUUUAAAUUGAUGUGGGGUUAUUUUUUUUUUUUUCCAAGAUUGUAUUAUUUUUAUCUUGAAGUGGCAACUUUCUCCUCUAUUUGCCCUUAGAGCGUUUGCCUGUGCACUUAGACUGUCACCUCAUAUGGCCUCCGGGUCUCGGCGGGGCCUUCAGGAGGCCGGUUGCUCUGCUCAGAGGCGGGUGGGAAGGGAGUCCAGAGAGGCACAGGGGCAGAGGUAGAACUCAGAAGGCGGCGGCGGGUGGGCGAGAGGCUAGUGAGCACCCGCAGCGCCGAAGAAGGAGGGCGCUCUCAGCCGCUCGCAGGAGGCCGCCUGCGCCCGAAGUGGCAGUACAUCUGCAGCGCUUCUCCUAGGUGACAAGCACAAUACUACAGUCUUCACACUGUUUACAGCCCUGGGCACCAGCCACCCCACACUGGCUCCUCGCUGCAGCUCGGCUCUUGCUCAGCUAGUGGGGUGGGGGUCAGGGCGGGUUUGGUUUUGUUUUGUUCUCGUUUUUGUUUUGUUUUGUUUUAAUUGGGUGAAGAGCCAAAUAGCUACUGUCCCUGGGUGCCAGGCAAGCCAGUUCCUUGGUUCCCUGAGGGGAGCUUGCCUCCUCUCUUGUGGCACCGUCCAGCCUCAGGGUCUUAGGGACUUGAGUAAGAGCGUGAGGGGCCGAGGGAGAGGUGAGAGGAGGUGAGAGGUCACACGGUGGGCCUGCGGAGCUAAGAGGUUGCAGAGGGAGGAGUUUGGGAUAGAUCCCACCCAGGCCUAAGCUGCCGCUGGUGGGUGAGAGAGCUGCGAAGUCGGAGUUCCAGGGAAGGAUGGAGGGAGGAGGUAGCCAAGGGACCGGGGGGAGGGGGGUGGGGAGGUAGAAGCACUGUUAGCAUCAUCCGUGCUGGAGCCGAUAAAGGAAGGGGUCUCGGCAGUUUCUGCUCUGGGACCUGGCAGGUUGCCUAGUAUGAUGCUUGAAGCCACUCUUAGGGAAGGAAAGGGCGGCCAGGUGGAGGCCCAGUGUACGGUAGGCUGCUUAAUUUCUUCGAAGGGGUGAUGGGAUGGAAAGAGGCCGGGAACCCCAGCCUGAGCGAGACUGCCGCGUACCCCACAGUCUGACUGCACAGAGCUGCCCCUGUUGGCAGAAGGCGCCGAGGCUCCCCUUCCUGUGUAUUCAGAACCCGUGUUUGCCAAUAUAUUUUGCUUUCGAUUCCAAGAGGAGCUCUGGGAAAACCUGUGGAUAAAACCAAAUGCCAAACGUUGGACGUUGUUUCCUUUUCCUUUUCUCUCUCUGAUUGUUUUAACUGUUCUGUGGUGGUUUUAAUGGAUUUGAGACCCUGGAGCGGCAGCUGCCUUUCUGAUUUCCAGCUGCUUUUUGUGAAUAAUUUAAAAAGAAAAAAAAAAAGAAACUUUACAUUUUGGAGACAAACCUGUGUGAGUUUUUUAUUGGUACAAACGUUGUAUUUAACACUAGGGGUUUUGUACAGUUUUUUGCCUUUUCUACUAGAAAACAAUGUAAAGUGAUUUCACAAUGUGAAGAGAAAAAAAUUGCCACUAUGACCAAACGCACAGUCUGUUCUGCAGCAACAGUGGGAUUCAAUCAACUCAAAGUCGUGAUUCAGCCGUAGAAAUGCUUUUUCUUUACCUUGUUUGAGCUCUUCCUUUCUCUCCUGUUUUGAUUUGCAAAAGAAAAUGUCUUUUUUGUGUGAACUUGUGUUGUACUAUGUAGAAAAUUAUGAAUUUUACUUUAAUGGUUUUAAAAAAAAAAAAAAAGGCAAGAAGAGCCCUUGUCGCUUUUCUGACCUGAUCACAGAGUUCGUGUAGUGGAUUUAAA